AUGAUGAGCCAUCUCAAGGUGAAAGUGGCAUGUUGGUACUGUGGCAUCAAGGUAAGGAGUUGUAGCAUUUUUUUAGCUUAUGGUUAAGGAGAAGCAAGACUCGUAAAGUGCAUACUAUUGUCAUGAUGUCAAUUUAAGAAUUUUAGAAUUUUUAAGAAAAAAAGUAAAUAGUAAGAUAUGUACAUUUGCUCGCAAAACAAAUAUCUCAUAUACAAUGUAUUUCAGCAUACGGUAAGAUAUAUAGCCGGAACUUCUGCUGGGUUGGCUAUGGUCGGCCUAGCGUUUGAGUUUACUACAGUUAGGAGUUGUUCUAUGAUAUAUCUUCCGGUAGCAUUGAUGCCUUCUAUCACGCUUUAUGCAGCCACGGUCUUCACUAAACUACGAUUGUUUUGGCCGUUUAUCGUCGGAAACGUAAGGACUAGUAUCAAAGACUAAAAACAGUUUUAGCUCGUCCUCAUUGGCUUGAAUCUCUUUCUAAUAUACCUGUUUGUCGAUGGUGUUAUAACGGGAAACUUUGCGUACUCAUCAGAUGAAAUGACAUCGGAUCAAAAAGAAAAUAACAAUAUUUUGUUUUCGUUUUUGAUCACUUUAGUUAUCGUUAACAUUGGCGUACAGAGUUACUUUGAGUACAUUAUUGUGCGAUGUUACAAAAAAAUUGAGCAUUUUACUCAUGUUUAUGACAUGACUUCUACCAAGCAUUAA